AGCACCUUUCGACACUUGCCAGGUGGCAGCACUCCAACAAAUCAAGUUAAAUAUUUGUACAAUUUAUUUUGCCAACUUCCUGGUUUUACUUUGAACGGACUAUGAGUUUCUGAAUUAUAUUCCCAUAAACAAUACUGUCCACCAUGACCUCACGGAAGCGAAGCGGCAGCGGGUCCACCAAGCGGCCCAAGGAGAAGGUGGUCUACAUAUACGAGCUGCUGUGCCGCGGCGAGGAUCCCAGCAGCGAGAGCCCGGAGUUCUGGAACGAGUUCUUUCUGCUGCAGCCGAAUUUCGAGGCGCUGGAAAACGAGAUCGGGAAACUCAACAACGAACAGCUGCAGGUGGUAAAGCCCAACCUGAACACACUCUUCCAGAGAUGCAUCGAAAUGCUAGACACGGAAGAUCAUCCCAAGCGCCUGUGCAACAGCCUGCAGACGCUGUGCUCUCUCUUCUAUGGGAUCUUUAAGAAAUCCAACUCGGACCCCUCGAUCAACAUCCUCAACGAGAUCUUCGGCCACGAGAAAAUGGACGAGUGGCUGAAGCUUCUGAUGCAGUACUGCAAUCGCAUUUUACUAGGCGAUGUCCCGGAGAAUGCCCGUUUUAUGUGCCUGAAGCUGCUGCAAGUCCUGGUAACGGGAACGGACAACGUCAAUCAGAACUCGCUCUUCGAGCACCUGAUGAUGCACAGCAUGUUCGACGCCUUCGUCCGGUUGCUCAGCGAUCCCACGUUCCGCACCCAGCAUGGCCAUGACAUUGUCAUCCUAUUGACCAUCUUGGUGAACUACCGCAAGCACGAGGCCACCAAUCCGUACGUAGUGCAGCUCUCCAUACUGGCAGAUGAGCUGGCUCUAAAUGGCUACGGGCAAAUGAUUUCGCAAUCGCUCAUAGAUUUUUGUCGCCAGUACAUCCAGAGCCUCAACAAUGUGCAGUCUUCUUCCUGGUUCUCCUCCCUCUCGAAUAUCGUGGGCAAUAUGUUUGUGUCGGACGAGGGAUGCGAACGGGUGCAGCAAAUCAAGGCCAACAAUGGCCUCCUCUUGGCCCUGUACGAGGCUGUGCAUCUGAACAGAAACUUUAUCACUACUCUGGCGCACACACAGGCCGAGUCCAGUGCCCCACCGUCGCCCAGCAACACCUUGAGCCUGGCCCAACCCGUUCCGGACCUAUCCAAUGCCCCGAUAAUUGACAUCACGCAGUACCCAACGAAUCUGCUGGUGGCCGUUUUCCAGUAUUGUUCCAUUGUGAUGCAGGACAACAAGAACGAGUCGAGCAUUGCCAACCUGAAGCUGUGCUUCCUCAUUCUCACCUGCAUUUCGGAGGAUCAGUAUGCCAACUCGAUGAUGCACGACAGCAACCUCACCUUCAAGGUGAUGCUGCAUCGAGCGCAGAUGCGACAUCGCAAGUUAAAUGUGGAUCGCGUGGGCAAGUCGCAGCCUCUGGCUGCCACUCUCCUCGACCUCCUGGUGGAGUUUAUAGUGUCCCACUUGAUGAAGAAGUUCCCCAUGGAACUGUAUCUGCUGUGUAUCGGGGUGAUCCACCGGAUUUUGUGCUACCAGAAGCGCUGUCGCGUGCGCCUGAACUACCCAUGGAAGGAGCUCUGGUCAGCGCUGAUUGGGCUGCUGCGUUUCUUGGUCAACCAGGAGCAGACGCUGGUGAAGAAGUGCAACAUUUUUCACCUGUCGCUUCAAGUGGUGAACAUAUUUAACCUGUUCAUCACGUACGGCGACACGUUCUUGGCCACCACGAAUAGCUACGAUGAGCUCUACUACGAGCUGAACCGCGAGGAGAAGGUCUUUACGGAAAUACAUGCAAUGGUUCUCCGCUAUACAACGAUGCCCGAAUGCGAAUACAAGGACGAUGUAAUCAAGUUGCUGAACGCUUUGGUGAAUAUCCUAGCCAUUGUGAAGCAUUUCCAGAACAAGAUCAAGGAGUGGCUGGCCGAGCAGGGCUUAUCCACGCCCACGGAAGAUCAAAUACUCGAUGUGGUGCGGAAGAACUACGAUCUAACCCUGAAGUUGCAGGACUCCCUGGAUCAGUAUGAGCGUUAUGCGGAGACGCCGCUGCACACAAACUUCUUUAAGCUUAUGGUGCGCGAUGUGGUCAACGAUACGCGCAAGCACAUCUACGGAUACGUGAAGGAGGCUGUGUCCGUCAUACCAGAUCAGGAGGUGCUACUCACCGCCUCGAUUACCUCCGGCUCGGUUCCAGGAACACCGGGAACACCAGCACCAGCAGCAGCGGCGGCAGUGACUACACCAACCACGUAGGGAAUUGACUUCGACAGAUUGUCAUCAGACUGUUUAAUUGUUUCCUUUGCUUAGUUUUAUAAUUGUAUUUUAAUUAAUCAGUCUCUAGAAGCGUAAACUCGGUGUAAUCUGUAAGAUUUAAAGUGCUUUGCGAGUCUUUGUUAGCUUUCAAUGCACUUGGAAACAUAUGCCUAUAUAUUCUGUGCAAGUUUUUUACAUACGUAUACAACAAAUAAAUAUCGUGUAUAUAAAACCA